AGAGCAUCUUUCAACAUGGCGGUGGUGGUUAUGGGAUUCCCAUUCAACCUAUCGUUUGCAUCCAUAUUGUUAAUUCUGCUUCUAUGUCUCCAGUCAGGAGGAGGUCAAAAGAAAAAGGAGAACAUGCUGGCAGAGAAAGUGGAGCAGAUGAUGGAGUGGAGUUCCCGGCGUUCCGUGAUCCGUAUGAACGGAGAUAAGUUCCGGCGUUUCGUCAAGGCUCCUCCCCGGAACUACUCCGUCAUUGUGAUGUUCACCGCGCUGCAGCCUCAAAGACAAUGUUCUGUCUGCAGGCAGGCUAAUGAGGAAUACCAGGUGUUGGCUAACUCUUGGCGAUACUCUUCGGCCUUCUCUAACAAACUCUUCUUUACGGUUGUGGAUUACGAUGAAGGGGCUGACGUCUUUCAACAGCUGAACAUGAACUCUGCCCCAACUUUCAUGCAUUUCCCAGCUAAAGGAAAGCCGAAGAGGGCGGACACCUUUGACCUUCAGCGGAUUGGUUUUGCCUCUGAGCAACUGGCCAAGUGGACUGCUGACCGCACAGAUGUGCAGAUUCGGGUGUUCCGACCACCCAACUACUCCGGGACGAUCGCUCUGGCUCUGCUUGUGUCUCUGGUCGGCGGGCUCCUCUACCUACGCAGAAACAACCUGGAGUUCAUCUAUAACAAGACUGGCUGGGCCAUGGCCGCACUGUGUGUGGUGUUUGCCAUGACCUCAGGUCAGAUGUGGAAUCACAUUCGUGGUCCUCCGUAUGCCCACAAAAACCCCCAAAAUGGACAGGUGAGCUAUAUCCACGGCAGCAGUCAGGCUCAAUUUGUGGCUGAAUCUCACAUUAUUCUUCUGUUAAAUGCGGCGAUCACCAUGGGAAUGGUGCUUCUGAACGAAGCCGCCACCUCCAAGGGAGAUGUGGGCAAACGACGAAUUAUCUGUCUCGUUGGGCUUGGUUUGGUUGUGUUCUUCUUUAGCUUCCUUCUCUCCAUCUUCAGAUCAAAAUAUCACGGCUAUCCUUACAGCUUCCUGAUUAAGUGAAAUCGUGCAGUGAAAGGAAAGUCAGCGUUCUUCAGAGUUCACUGCAUGAAUUCAGCCGCUGUUAUACUGUAACACGUUGCACAUGUGACCUAAAAAAAAUAAACUGAGCUGUUACCCACCGCUGUGCACCGUGUGGUCUGUACGCAUCCAUUAAAGUUAGACGAAUCGCAUGUUUGUUUAUAUUACCGAU